CUAAUUUUUUGAAGAUUUCAUGCAAUUCACUUUGAAAUUGGCAUUCAUCCUCGCAUAUUUGUAUGAGGCUUUUUCUUAAAUAUGCAGAGUAAGCAUAUUAAUAUGUUUAGAAUAAAAAUGUAGAAUACAACUAGUUGACUAUUGUAACUAAUGAGACAUUUCGCUUGCCUUUAAAUGACUAUUUCGUUGGAGAUGGGCUUUUGUACUCUCUAGACCCUUAACCAUCACCAUUUACCAAAAGUGAUCCUUUUUUAGGAAGUGGAACAAUAUCAGGAAAUAUUAUUUCAUUAACAUCAUCAAACUAUAAUAAUAAUCCCAACAUCUAAAAUUUAGUAUAUUACGCACUUGUUCAAAACACAGCUGAUUAACAAAUCUAAUAUUCUUAAAUAUCAAACGGACCUUCAUUUACUUAACUAUAAACAGUUCAAACAGGAUAAACAUGUUAUUAAAUAAAUUUCAUUUAAAACAUGAUUCUCUUAACCUGCUCAUCAACAUCAUCAUAAUGUACGAAUUGCUUGACUUAUCAAUUUGUUAAUUAAAAUAAUAGCUAAAGUAAUUAAAACCCUUUGAUUUUUGAUACUAUUAACAUCUAAACAGGAGCUAGUGUGAUUACUUAAGCUGUUGGAUAGUAUAUAGUCACAUUGGUGAAUUAAGGUAAAUAAAAAUUUAAAUAUUUAGGAGGCUAAUCAAAUGUGUAUGCUUUUCAAAUAAGUUAGAAUAAUUAAUAUGUUUUAACAUAAAUCACAUUAAAUAGCAUUCUGAGUAACACUACUGAUUUUGUAGAUUAAUAUACAGGAAUAUCCCUACAAGAAAAUGGAAUUUGUAAAGAUUAUCAAUUAUGUUAGUGUUUAUAACUACAUACAAUACAGGAUUAUAGACUCUCAUUUUUAAUGCAACAGCAAACUAAUAAACAACCUUAUCAGUAUUAGGUUCCCCUAUUAAUCCUUUUAACCAAGGUACAUAGGGUGUGAGUGCCUAUAGUGUAGAUUAUUCAUAAUCGUUAUUUUAUUUAGCUAUAUGGGGUUCACAAGGUAUUGCAGCAGGAAUUUUAAAUGCCUAAAUAAACUAAAAUUUAGCAACAGUAAUUUAUAUAAAUUAAGUUAGUUCCAAUCUGCUUAAGUGAUUCCAAGUACUUAAUCUUCAAGUAAUUACUCUAACAAUUAAGUUUACAUGAAUUCUAGAUUCAUAGUUUUCUCAAAUCAAAAUGGAAUAAGUGUUUAUCCUAGUAUUUUAAAUGCCAUUAAUGAUUGGCAAUUGCUUUAUUACCUCCCAUAAUCAGUGUAGUUUAGUGCUUUUGAUUAUUACAAUAAUAUUUUGGUGGCUAUUUCAGGUUAGUAUACAAGUAAUUAUUAAUUCAACAACCCAAUCUUAACCACUACUAAUUUGCCUGUUAAUAGUUCAUUAACAUAAUUGACAAUCACUGCAGUUACUAGCGCUUUUGGUUAAAAAAACUAUUCCAGAUGCAAUAUGACAUUAUAUUUCACAGUUAUUAGUUAAACAAAUUAAUCAAUUAUUGAGGGAUUUAAUUAGGCCUAUGAAAAGGAUACUUAUGUUUAAAGUGGUCCAUUAUUUCCUUUGACUUUAGGAUCGAUUACAACUGUGAACAUUAAUAAAAUGUUAAUAGGACCAGCUAUCAUUGCAGGAUAUCCAAGUACAAAAUAAGCAUUUUCUAAUAUUGAUAUUUAAUUUUCGAAUGUGCUUUCAACUCCUUAAAUCAAUAGUCCUUACAGAAUCAAUUCUAACCUAAUAGUUGGACAAAGAAUUUUGUACUCAGAAAUCUUUUAUGAUGCUUCUUACUUAAUUAAUGGUCAAACAGCAGAGAAUUUCAAGGAUACCUACCUCUAAUUGGUAUAGGUUUCUAAUUAUGUUGUCUUGUUCUAAUGCUAAGGUUUUGAAGAUUAACCAUGCAAUUAAAUUACUAAUUAUCCUGUAUAUGAUAUCAUCGUUCAAUAAUUUGCUUUAAGUAUUUCAUCAGAAAAUUCAUUGUACUAUGGAUUUUUGUGGAAGAGAGUGUAUGAGGAUAAAACACUUUCUACGGGCAAUUUCACUAUUUGCCAAGCAACUAUUGGAUCAAUAUCAAAUUGCAAAAACUUUUCAUUGUCAUGGAAUUAAGUUUAGGAUCCUAUAAAUUUAACUAGUAAUGCUUCAAUAUAAUAAAUUGGAUUAAUCUCAGAUAACUUAUAUCUGUUAUACACAUCAAAUAUUGAAACCUAUAAUGAAGACACUGGCAUUUAAGUGACUGUUUAAACUAAUUUUUCAGCAGUUAAUAUUUAAGAUUUGUUUAGUUGGAAUUCUAGCAUAAGCAAUCUUCCAGCAUCAUUUCAAACCUAUAAUAAUCCAAACAGUCUUAAUAUAGUAGGUUUCACAUAUAAUGUUCCUGCCUAUGGAAAUAUGAUAUUCCUUAAUACUUGGAACAACCCUGAUUAAUAUUAAUAUUAUUUGACAGUUUUAAAUUAUAAUGGAGGUUAUAUUAACGGAAGCAAUCAACAAUGGAUUUUAACAGAAGUUGGAACACAUUAAUUCUUUACUAAUAAUUUAGCAUCAAAGGUUUCUUACGAAUUGACAAUGGAAGGAUUGUAUUUUUUGGUAACAUCUCCAAAUGCUAAUUUAACUAUUAAUUUUUAUCCGAGAGUUGAUUUAUUGGGGUCAAUUACAUAAUACAAACAGUUUCUAAUAAGUCCAAUUUAAUUGAAUACAUAUUAGAUGACAAACAUAGUGUAGACAGCUGCUUCAGCUCGUUUCCUAUAUGUAAUGGCUAUGAUUUCUCCAAAUUCAACUACAUAUUCAAUAUUUGUUUAUAAGAACACUCCUUCACUCUAUAAUGCUUUAUAUUAUAUAAUUACAACUGAUGCAAAUGAUCAAAUUAUGAAUGCUCCAUUCAGUGUGACUAGUGCAAUAUAAUACGAUGGAAUAUUAUUUAAAUCAAGAGGAAAUGAUGGAUAUCGUAACAGUAUCCUUUUACCUGAAUACGAAUUUAUUGUUAAAUGUAAUUUGAACAGCAAUUUCUAAUAGCAAAUUGAAUAUAGUUAUGUUAUUUUUAAGGCUUCAUCUUAAUUGAUAAGUCCUAAGUUACCUCAAACAGCAUAAGAAUAUUUCUCAACUUUUGAAUCAGUAAAUUUGAUUUCAUUUGUUAAAGAAAAAAACACAGCAUCAAAUGGAAACAAAAUUUCAAAUUUAGGUUUUACGAUAUUGGAUCCAAGAGAUUAUUUUAUAGGAAAUAUAUAAAGCUUUUUAUUAACAAAUGGAACAAAUGACACAAACUUCUAUUAUUUCAAUAUAACUCCUCCAGUCUAGAGAUAUCCCUAAACUACAAGUUAUCAAUAUCCAGUGACAGCAGUUUCAGCAGUUAUGUAAAUUUCAUAAUACAAUUAAACAAAUACAACUAGUACGUUAUAGGAUUAGUAUUGGUUUACAUUUGUAUAAACAAAUAGAUUAGUGUAUGUGACUCCAUACGUAUAUUAUAAUCCUCCUUAAGAUUUUGUUGGUAAUUCAACAAUAAAAAUCAGUUAUCCUUUGAUCUAUAAAUUACCUGUUUUAGACAUUGCUCCAAAUUCUUAAUCUUGUCCUUUGAUUUUUGUUGAUCCUGGAUCAUAGGGAAUAGUAAGUGUUUGUGGUACUAAAGUUGUUGAUAAAUUUGCUGCUUCAUUUACUUUAUUUAAUCCUAUAAAUGAAACAAUUUUGGAGACAAAGAUAAUUUUAUUAAAUGAAUCAUUCGUUAUUCUGAAUACACCAAAUAAUCCAAAUAUAACUAAUGGAACAUAUAGUCUUGUUUCAGGAACCUAUUUAAAUAUAGGAGUUGUAGUAUUGCAAUUCUAGUACAAUUAUAAUUAUGGAUCAAAACCUCCUGCACUAGUAAUAUUUUCAUUUUUAUAUACAUCCAAUUUAUUUAGUAAAAUAGCAAGUUAUCCAAACAAUCCAAAUAUUAAAUUUUACUAAUUCAUUUAACCAAUUCAAUAGGUCUUUUAAGUCCCAGAUAUUAACCUUGGUAGUUAAAUUGAAGUGACACCAUUCUCAAUAUCAACAUAAUAUUUUGGAGGAUUGAAUUCUACUUUAGCUUAAAAUGUUUAAAAAUAAAAUGCCCAAAUAUUUGGAUUGUUAUGUGUAUCAGAAACAAAGUAAGAAUGCUUGUAACCUUUUAAUUCAUCAGAUCCUGUCUAAAGUGUAUAUAUUAUAAAUGUGGUACCUGUUGGAACUGGAACCAAUUUGUAAGCAGUAUUCCAAAGUUCUGUAAAUGUAAGUUUUGAAUCAACAAAUAAUUUGAUUACAUUCACUACUCCCUCUUUCUAAGUAUCUUUGUUAAGUAUACUUUCAGGUAUUAUAAUUAAUUAUUUUAAGAUUUCACUAAGAAUUCUAUUUAAUAAGUUGUUUAAGCAGGAUCUCCAAUCCUUGAAUUUAAUUCAUAAAUAUCAGUAGUUCCAUUUGUUGCAAUUAGUUAAGGGACAGCUUUUGUUUUCAAUAUGCAAUUCUAUUUGAAUAAUGCUCAAUAUAUAAAAUCACAAUAUGGUUGCACACUUCUUGGAUUAUCUGAAUAGAACCGUAUUUUAAAAGUAUCUGCAAAUAGCACAAGCGAUAUGAAAUAUUAAGUUGUUAUGAUAGUUUCUAAUCCCACAACUUCAGAUACUAAUCAAGUUACACUACUUAAUUAUGGAUAUAUCAAUAAGUAAAUGUCAUACCUAUUAAAUUAGCUAUUGUCGAUUAAGUCCUACACUAACUCCCACUGCUCAAAAUACAACAUAAUCAUUGUAAAACAUUGUAACAGCAAUUGGAGCAACAACUUAUAAAUCAGUAGAAGCUUCUCCUAUUCUUGUUUUAAUGUAACCACCCCCCUUUAUAAAUGCAACUCCAAGUUCAAUACCUAGAACUUUGAUAAGUGACAAUUCAGUUAUUACAUUGCUUGAUACAAGUCCUAGUCUUGCAAUAUCAGCCUAUCCUAAUUAUAAUAUUAAAGGAGGUGUAACUCUAAACUCAACCUCAAUAUAUACAAAUGAAUCUGAAUAAUUACUCAACACAUCUAUUUCUGCUAUCAGUAUCUAGACCUAUGUAAAUAAUUAACCUUUAUCUGGAGAAGGAGGAUCAUCACUCUUUACCUUCGGCAUUUCAGACACUCCUAUUGGCAAUGGAAAUGAAGUUUGGUUCCACAAUAUAUGGGGUUAAUUUAUUUGGGGAUUCGUUAUGUUUGUCAUCAUCGUAGGUGUUGUUGGAUUUUUGUUUUAUAAAUCUUAGCCUCAGCCAUACGACAGGUUAUGAUAUAUAUUAAAUAUACACACAUCAGAAUUAUAAUAAUGUAAAAA